ACUGUAACACCUCGCUUGCAACUAAAAGCUUGUUUUACGUCAAUGCUGGGAUAACAUUCCCCCGCCAUGUGGAAAUGAACUUCGAUGUCAAUGGCAUCCUACUUCCAUUUCAUACUGACGUCAAUAAUAAUAUUAUCCAUCCAACCAGGCAACUCUCUAUUGGAAAACAAAUCAGAUGUACCCAUUAUGUCCCGAAAAGUGCGUCAUAUCAUAUUCCCAGAAGGCACAACAAUGGGGUUAUUUUUAAGUACAACAAUUCCACUGGAAAACAAGGAAGAAGUUUACGUCGGUUGGUUCUUUGAAGCCAAUUACCAUGUUCCGCAGUACCCACAGUACUUCUUCUCUGGCAAUGAGAGUUCCAGGACGUCCAGAGGUAUAAGCAGGCGUGCAACAUAUGCCAUGCUCGAAAAUGUAUUUCAAAAAUUUGGUUUUCCGGGAAGAGAAUGUCUACUAAAAACGAUUUGUGAAGCUGCUAGUGAUUCAAUGUUCCUAAACAGCCAAAAUGGACUCUUAGGUGAUCUCCUCCACAUUGUGUUCAGCCCGUCUUCUUCUUUGGACGAGAAAUUACCGCCAGAUUUUAAUAUUGCUGAAGAUCGCGGAAGAAAUGGGGAAGAUUGCAGACUUGCAUAUCCUGAAUGUUGUAUUGCAUUUCUGGACGUCAUCACAAGAUUUCAGGAUUAACCAUCUUCUAUCUGAGUAGCUUACAUCAUCAUCAUCAUCAUCAUCAGUAAUCUGUCAAGACGACAGGUCCACAGUCUCUUCCAAAACAU